GGGAGCGGCGGAUGUAGCGGCCCAGUUUGCAAUCAUGACUUCUGCAAGUUUAUCGACUUUGGACUCGAAUAUUUUACCAUCGCAACUGAGAAACUGGAUGUACAUGAACCUAGAAGGCCAAGGAAACAAUCUUGCCAAUGUUCCUCAACAGCAACAGAAUAAUUUAUACGAUCUGUACGACCCAUGGUCUACCAACCAAGUUAACUUGAACUCUCAGAUGCACCAGCGGAUGCCAUCUCCUUACAGCAGCAUCAAUGACAUGACCGAUCACUUCAAUGAUAUGUCACUCUCCCUUGAUCGCAAACCAGGCAAGAGACCACCUAGCACCUAUCUUUGUCACCUUUGCUUCAACAAGGGCCACUACAUCAAGGAUUGUCCUCAGGCUCGUCCGAAGGGAGAGGGUUUGACCCCUUACCAAGGGAAGAAGCGCUGCUUCGGGGAAUACAAAUGUCCCAAAUGCAAGCGCAAGUGGAUGAGUGGUAACAGCUGGGCAAACAUGGGACAAGAGUGUAUCAAGUGUCACAUCAACGUCUACCCCCACAAACAGCGACCCCUGGAGAAACCAGACGGACUGGAUGUUUCAGACCAAAGCAAGGAACACCCGCAACACUUGUGCGAGAAAUGUAAAAUGCUUGGCUACUACUGUCGCAGAGUCCAGUAAGCCUGAAGUUACUCUGAACGGAAAUAACAUGGGAUAUUCGACACAGUCAGUGGAUUAUACACUUUUCUGAUAUUAGGACAUUUGAGGUGUACCAAGUGAUGAGAAAUGAGGAAAAGCAAAAAGAGUUGCCAAGAAUAAAACCAAGAUUUCAAGCAAAAGCAGAUCGAGCAGUUUCAUAGGUAUGAACUUUAAAAAUCAUGGUCAUUCAUUUUCCAGCCUGUUUUAUGCUUUAAUUGCAUGGUGACCCUGGGUUUUUCAUUGUUACCACGAAACACUUUUAGACCAAGUCUUAAGUAUCUACCAAUAUUGAGAUGCUGUGGGUCCUUACUUCCCUUUGUUCCCUCAAAGCUGUUGGCAUCAUUUAUUGAAAAAUGUCUUCCGCGCAAUGACAUUUGACAACGGUUUUCCAGAAUUGCACCAGGAUAUAAGCAGCGAUAUUUUGUUUUAACCAUCAAAAUACCUCUCUUUUUAAGUAGAUAAAAUUUCACUUUCUGAUAUUGCAUGUGCUGUUAAAACAUGAACUAACCUGUAAAGCCAAAUUAGUUUUCCUGUGCAGGUUGUUUCUUGUUGGUUAUUUAAUAGAACAGUCGUAAAUUUAAUUAGUUAUAACCCAUGAAGUCCUGUGAAAUUUGCAAUUUGAUUCUGUCAUAUAGGCUGUCAGAUUACUCCUAUGUCCAAACUUGUAGCCUACCAUUCUGAAGUCUGAAGGUUCUUGAUCUGAGGUGGAUGAUUCCCACAUUGUUGGUGCCACUAACUUGAAAACCAUUUGAUUUCAUAUUUCAUCUUCGAAAUGCUGAUGGCUGCUUCAUUGGACAUACUGUUAGAUCAAGGUCUAUUGCUUUAUGUAAUUCAGUUUAGAAUGUUAAUUUUAUGAACUGGAAGUGACCCAAGAUGUUGUAUACCAUGUGCCUGAAGCAUGGUCAUGUUGAUGGAAAAUACCUCCCCAGUCGAGGCAGGCAGAAAGCUAAUGGAUGAGACGUGAGGCUCCUCAAGGAGGCAUUCCGCAUUCUUGGUUCUGCUUUGAUAAUCCACUAGGUAGGCCUACCACCAUUUUGGUUACAACCUGAAAUCCAAAAUCAAUUAGAAUUCCUUCAAAUGAAGUGAAUGUCCAUUAAAGUAAAACCUGGGAGGCUGUUCUCUAAAACAACGAACAACUUCCCACCCUUGAAAUUGCCAUACACUUGUCAUUUUGGAAGAGAUUUAAUUGGUUUUUGAUUUCAAGUUCUAGCCAAAAUGGUGGUACCUAUUGGAGGAUCAACCCUUAAAGAAAAAAAAAUCUCUUCCUUCCUUCCCCUCGCAAUAAUCUUCUACAACCCCAGCUAUCGAAUCUUGUCAGUUUGAUGUGCAACACAUGUGCUAUAGUUUGAUAUAAUGCUUGUAGUGUGCUAACGGCUGGUGGACUAUCCACAAUAUAGUCCACCAGCCAGGUAGGCCAGAAAGUGCAAUAAGGUAAUCCAAACUUAACUCAUUCACCUCUGAAUGUUGAAAAGUUCUACGGACUGUAAAUACAUAUACAAAAGCUAAAAAAAACUACAAAAUUUAAAAUUUCAUAAAAUUAGUUGGCUGCAUGACCUUAUGACUGAUCAACAAUGAUGUAUUUGAGAAGGGAGAUGUUGGGAAAUGAGGGGUCUCUAUAUUCUAGAACUACCCAGGACAAACUGAAAGUUGUUCGGACUGUAUUCCACUUGUGAAUUGAAAAUGAAAGCCUAGUCGUAGUCUACAUUCAUGCAUAACUAAUCACGCUUGUUGCAUUGCUCCAGUAUUCAGUUUCUAGGAUUCGGCUCAUGAUGUGAUUGUUAUGAUAGAAAACAUAUGUCUGGCUAGUAAAGCAGAAACGCCUCACACUUUUGUAAGGUACAUUUUGCAUUACAGGAGGCUGCUCUUGACCUUGGUAACUGACUUAAGGAAUAGGCCUAAGUAAUUCAUUAUUAUCAAAUUACUUUGCCAACCUCUCCAUAUAAAAAAAAUAGAUUCCUGUAAGAAUAAUUUGGGGGGGAGGGGGGUGAUACAACCUAGU